UCGAGCGCACUGUCCCUCAGUCACACUGCAACACUGACUCAUUGUUCCCUGCAAGGCUGCAAAGAGUUGCUCUUGGAAAGGGCCUGGAUAUGGCUACGUCUAUACUUGGGGAAGAGCCGCGGUUUGGAACUACCCCUUUAGCCAUGCUGGCCGCAACCUGCAACAAAAUCGGCAACACCAGCCCCCUCACGACUUUACCUGACUCCAGCGCGUUCUCCAAAGGCGGAUUUCAUCCCUGGAAAAGAUCCUCGUCGAGCUGCAACUUGGGCUCCAGCCUGCCGGGAUUCACGAUGGCGACGAGCCGCAGCACCUCGGGAUUAACGACCGCCACCGGCACGGGCAACAGCGCUUUCUGCCUGGCCUCCACCUCACCGACGUCCUCCGCGUUCUCCGCCGAAUACAGCAGCUUAUUCUCCAACACAGCCAGCGUUUCCUCGCAGGAGUCGGGACAGUCUGCGUUCAUUUCCAAAGUUCACUCGUCGGCAGAGACUUUAUACCCGCGGGUCGGCAUGGCGCACCCCUACGAAUCGUGGUACAAGUCAGGCUUUCACUCCACCAUCUCGGGUGAGGUGGCCAACGGCGCGUCCGCGUGGUGGGACGUUCACACGAAUCCGGGCUCGUGGCUCGAGGUUCAAAAUCCGGCGAGCACUUUGCAAACUUCGCUGCACUCGGGAUCGCCACAAGCCAUCCACUCCCAGCUCAGCGGCUACCAGCCGGAUUUCUCCAGCCUCACGCACUCCGCGUUUAGCUCCACUGGCAUCAGUCCCACGGCGUCCCACCUACUGUCAACGAGCCAACACCUGUUGACGCAGGAGGGAUUCAAAACGGUGAUCCCCACGUACACGGACGCAUCGGCCACGAACGCAAUGAUAUCAGGUGCCAGCUCUGGCAUAGGCACCUCGUCCAGGUCGUCCAGGAGAUACUCCGGGCGAGCCACGUGCGACUGCCCGAACUGUCAGGAGGCAGAGCGCCUCGGGCCUGCGGGUGCCAGCCUGCGGAGGAAAGGACUCCAUAGCUGUCACAUCCCGGGCUGUGGCAAAGUCUACGGCAAGACCUCUCAUCUCAAAGCGCACCUGAGGUGGCACACAGGCGAGAGGCCCUUCGUGUGCAACUGGCUUUUUUGCGGCAAAAGGUUCACCCGGUCAGACGAGCUCCAGAGGCACCUGCGCACGCACACGGGGGAGAAACGAUUAGCUUGCCCGGUAUGCAACAAGCGCUUCAUGAGGAGCGACCACUUGAGCAAACACAUCAAAACACACACCGCCGGAGGUGGAGGCAAAAAGGGCAGCGACAGUGACACCGACACGAGUAACCUGGAGACCCCCAGGUCCGAGUCGCCGGAACUGAUUUUAGAGGGUGUAAACCCCCGGGUCACGGUCAAAGAUCAGUCUCCGCACCACGAGUCCUGAACAAAUGACCUCGACUCCAUUUUCCUCGCCGCUGAAUCGAGAAAAGCAAACGGGUCUGGAGUACGCGUGUACGAAAACUUUUAGUGUUCUGCAUUUCUUCGAAAAACGAGGCGAUUCGUGGCUCACGAGGAAACAAAAUCAGUGCAACACUGGUUAUUUCUACUCAAGCACAGACAAACGCCUCACCUUUCAGCGCGAUGCAGUCUUGUCAAGGCUCAGUGUUUGGACAUUUGGUUUGGAUCAAUGCGCAAAUGUGGGAGCUAGAUAACCACGGCUGCCGGCGUGAGAUAAUUCUGUACAUAUAUCCACAAAAAUAUGUUAUUUUUCCCUGUAAAUGUUACUUAUGAUUGUUUUGUGGUGGAUCCUGAAAUUCAGGGAAUUUUCUUUCCUUUCGGCGCACUUUGUGGAUGUCAGUAUGUAUGUUACACAGCUAUUUAAAAUUCAUUUAACCUUUCCUUUACAUUGCUAAAAAUAUAUAAAUGUUUAAUUGUAUAAAGUCACGCUUAAGGCUUUCAUUUUGUAAUUAAAGGGAUUUAAAA